AUGGCGGUGGAACAGGCACGUGAUGAUGCCUUGGCAGCUUUCAAUGAGGAUCCCACUCUGAAGGCAAUGGACGUGAUCCUCAUCUCUUUGAUGAAAGCUGGUGAAGAGGGCUUGAACAUGCAGGCUCCAGACCUCGAGGAGUUGCGCUGCAUGCCCAGGAUUGCUUCGCCACGGAUGCUGGUGGGCCCUGCCAACCCUGCGCAGCUGCGGCCUCGAAGUUCUCGAAGUUCUCGAAGCGCCAGAUGGUCGGCCUCCCCGGACGGAGCAGAAGGCGUCGUUGACGACGAUUGGCGCCGCUUCCGCGCGCGGCUCCUGCAGCGGGAAGACGCGCUGACAGAAGACGUGGCCAAAGGGACCAUGGAGAAGGGCUGGAUCCACCGCAGUCCACUCAUCGAGAAAGGCUCAGUGCUUUUGGCCAAGCCUGGCGAAUGGGCGGUGAUGUUUCCAUUUUUCCACAAAUCGGUCAUCCUCAUCACCGAUCACGAGGAUGAAUACACCCGGGGUUUCGUGCUCAAUCGCCCAACGACCAGAAGCGAAAGUUAUGGUCGCCUCGAAUUCAACGUGUGGUACGGCGGACCCUGUGAAGGUGCCUCCUCAGAUCCAUCGAUGCCAUCGACGACCGGCCUCUUCGGGGCCACAGCCCAAAGGCAGUUCUGCCUCCACUCUCAGCCUUUGCCUGGUUCAGAUUUGGUGGCACCAGGUAUCUACAUGACCGAACCCUGGGCAGCUUCUAGAUCCAUCAUGGAGGGCAAGGCUCAAGUGGAUGAUUUCAUGCUGCUGGUCGGCCACUGCAUGUGGGGCCCCGGCCAGUUGCAAGCUGAAUUGGAUGAGGGGCAGACCUGGGAGAUGGCAGCAAUGGACACAAAGGCGGUCCUUCGCUUCCUCCCCCGACAGCAACGCGCCCUGCGGCGGCAGCGCUGUUUGAGUCGGGGCUUUCCCCUGUGGCGCAGGCUCUACAGACGCGUUGAGAAGUUGGUCCCGGAGACCAAUGUCAUUGCUAGAGAACACGUUGAGAGGCUCAGCGACGCAGAGUUGCUCCGUUUCGUGCAGGACCUGUCGCAGUCACAGGACUCGUCGGACAUAUCGGACGCCACGGCCCUGGGAGGCAAUGAGCAAGUCCAAUGGCAGGACACUCUGAGAAAGGUCUUGUACCACAUGCAGCAGGACUUGUCCGCUUCACAACAAGAGAACUGCUGCGAAGCUUUGCGAAAUUUGAUCGUCGACCAAGAUAGCAGGUCCUUUGCCAGUGACUUGGGCGCCAUAGAGUCGGUUCUGGCGGCCAUGAAGGCGCAUAGCGAUGCACCUGGUGUUCAAGGUCAUUGUGCUGGUACCUUAACGCAUCUCGCGGCGGGCCUUCGUGAGCGACAACUGAUCUUCAACCUCAAUGGCCUGGACGUGGUAGUCAGUGGCAUGCAGCAGCAUGAAGACGCAAGCCUAGUUCAGUACAAGGGCUGCGCUGUUUUGGCGAACCUGGCUGCAGACGAGGAGUCGCAGGUCACAGUGGCCCAGAGCGGUGCCAUCCCACGGAUCCUUCGUGGCAUGGAGCGACAUUUGAAUGAGCAACUUGUGCAAGACUACUGCAUUGGUGCACUCUUUAACCUCUCGCGAGCUCCCCAGAACAUGGUGGAAUUAGUCCUCAGCGGCGGCGAGCGCGUGGUGAGGGCAGCUCUCAAAAUCCACCCCGACGCCCCGACGGUGAAAAAGGUGGGUCAGGUUCUAGCAGAAAUGCUGGAAGCAGCGAAACGACUUUGA